AGGCCCCUGAGCAGUUUCACUUCCUCUGGGCGCCCAGCAGAGCGGAGCCCUGACCUUGCGGGCAUGAGCCCCGGGGCUGCGUUUCCUGAGACCUGGCCGCAGCCGCCCCGGGUGGCAGGCGGGCUGGGGAGAGCCGAGGGCCAAAGGAAGAGAAAAUCGCGAGGAGUCUCUGGCCGGGAGAGUUCAGGCAGCGCUCGGCCGGCAGCAGUGCACAGGGCCCUUGGCUUCAGCCGCCACAAUGCUGCCUGCAGCGCCGGGCAAGGGGCUUGGAAGCCGGGCCCCGGCCCCCUGCGGCCCAGCACCCCCAGGAUAUUUGCCGUCUUUUAUAUGGAUGUAAUAAAACUGGAAAUAUAAAAAUUGAGGAGUAAGCAGAAACUACUACUAAUUUAUCACAAAAUAAAAUUGAAAUACAAAAGACAUCAUAAUGAUAUAUGAAGAGGAUGCUGAGGAAUGGGCUGUGUACUUGACAGAAGUAUUUUUACAUGUUGUGCAAAGGGAAGCGAUCCUGUUAUAUCGCUUGGAGAAUUUCUCUUUUCAGCAUUUGGAGUUGCUGAACUUAACCUCUUACAAAUGUAAACUUUUGAUAUUAUCAAAUAGUCUGCUUAAAGACUUAACUCCAAAGAAAUGUCAAUUUCUGGAAAAGAUACUUCAUUCACCAGAAAGUGUAGUUACUUUGCUUUGUGGAGUGAUGAAUUCACAUCAGCUUUAUGAAUUAUUAAAUAUCUCUCAAAGCAGAUGGGAGAUCUCAACUGAGCAGGAACCUGAAGACUACAUCUCUGUAAUCCAGAGUAUCAUAUUCAAAGAUUCUGAAGACUACCUUGAGGUCAACGUUCCAACAGACCUACGAGUAAAACAUUCUAGGGAAAUAAGUAAGAGAAAGGAAAUUGAAGAACUGCCGGAAGCUUCAAGAAACACCAAACCACUAGCAGUGGUGCUUCCCGCUGAAAUUCCAUGUGAGAAUCCUGGUGAAAUAUUCAUAAUUUUGAGAGAUGAAGUAAUUGGUGAUACUGUGGAGGUUGAAUUUACAUCAAAUAAUAAGCGCAAUAGAACACGGCCAGCCCUUUGGAGUAAGAAAGUCUGGUGCAUGAAAGCUUUAGAGUUUCCUGCUGGUUCAGUCCAUGUCAAUGUCUACUGUGAUGGAAUCAUUAAAGCCACAACCAAAAUUAAGUACUACCCAACAGCAAAGGCAAAGGAAUGCCUAUUCAGAAUGGCAGAUUCAGCAGAGAGUUUGUGCCAGAAUGGCAUUGAAGAACUUGAUGGUGUCCUUACAUCCAUAUUCAAACAUGAGAUACCAUAUUAUGAGUUCCAAUCUCUUCAAACUGAAAUUUGCUCUCAAAACAAAUAUAUUCAUUUCAAAGAACUUCCAACUCUUCUCCACUGUGCAGCAAAGUUUGGCUUAAAGAACCUGGCUAUUCAUUUGCUUCAAUGUUCAGGAGCAACCUGGGCAUCUAAAAUGAAAAAUAUGGAGGGUUCAGACCCCGCACAUAUUGCCGAAAGGCAUGGUCACAAAGAACUCAAGAAAAUCUUUGAAGACUUUUCAACUGAAGUUGUGGGUUCUGAGGAGAGACCAUGGAGGUGGAGGACCAUUCUGAUCACAUCACAUCAUCUCAUGGUAUUUCCUAUCAACAUAACUCAUCAUUGCUGAUGAAUGUUUCCCUUA